CAGAAAAAAAAUGAAAAUUGAAGAGUUUCGAAGUUGUCUGGUUCAUUUUAAGAACUUCCUCCAUGUUGAUGUAUCCCCCCUGAGUACGCUACUGAUUCUCAAGGAACAUAUGCCUUGGUUCAAAGUACAAAUGCUUUGUCAAGCUGACACAGACACGGAGAAUAUUCAAGCCCAUAUCUAUAUUCACGGUAUUCUAACGGAUGUGAAGAUUAUCAAAAAUAUGGAGGAUGCACAAAAUCUUGACAAGGCAAGAAUCAGAGUCUGUAAUGGUGUGGAUGAGAAGAAUGUUAAGGAUGGACUGGAUAUUAAACAACUUUUAAUUCAUCAAAACAACACAAACUUUUCUUAUAGAUCAAGGGACUGUAAACUUCAAGUCCAAGGAGGAAGUAUAUGUCCUCCAUGUUUUACAUUAAGAAAGUCUUAUCUAAAACCGAUUAAAGAACUGGUGCAAGAGAAACAAAAAAAGGGGGUGAAACUUCAUCGGAAUGCGUUGAAACAUGGCUGCCCUGAAACAGAUUGCGACGUAACGUUUCCUUGCAGGGUUACGUUAUCCAAACACGUUAAAUCAUGUCACGUGACAAUGUUCAAAUGUGAUUGGCAGGAAUGUUGUAAACAUUUUGGUUCACAAAACGCACUAGACACUCAUAUGAAAAGGCAUCUGAAAGAGUUUUCCUAUUUUUGUACAAAUUGUGAUAAAGGAUUUGUGACCGGAAAAGAAUUAAAACUCCAUCAGAUUUUUCAUAAAGACGAAAAGGAGUUCUCUUGUGAUAUCUGCGAGAAAAAGUUUUCCAGGAAACAAGGACUCAUAACUCACAUGACUUUACAUUUAGGAACGAAAAGUUUCGUAUGUAACACCUGUGGCAAUGCAUUUACAAGGCUGGCGCACUUGAAGACACACCAAAAUCGGCAACAUGGAGGAACUAAGAAGUUCGCUUGUAAUAAAUGUGAUAAAUCUUUUUAUGUCAAACAGCAAUUAGAAAGACAUCAACGGGUACAUACUGGUGAAAAACCGCACUCUUGUACUGUAUGCCAAAAAGGUUUUUCUCGUUCUCACCACUUGACAAAGCAUAUGAAAAGAGUGCAUGAAGAUGGUAAACGGAAAGAGUAUGAUGUGGAUGAUACUAUUGUACAAUACGAUAUCCCCUCUCCAUCCCAGACUCUUGUUAUUCAUACCUCAUCCCUUCCUGAACAACCAACUGAAAACCAGGGUUCUCCGCUCCCUUCCUCAGUAUACUAUCUUUGUAUGCAGUCAAUGCAGUAGAGAACACAAUUUUCGGAAAUGAAGACCAUGAAUGUUAAGGAGUUUCAUGCAAUAAAAAUUAUGUGUUUGACCUCAGUGAAGUAUGGAAAUUAAAAAAAAAAAAAAAUUUAUUGGUUAAAUUGUGAUUCCUCUUCAACAAUGUUUUAUUUGAAUAAAAACAUUAUGAUCUCGCUGGCAACUAAUUUCAGA